GCCUCUCCCGAAUUACAGGGUGAUGUUCUAAGAGGUAAGCACGAUUAGGAACGUGGAGGCAUCUUCCGCCCCCCAUCAAGCCCAUUCCUGCAUUGCUAGGUAAAAACAGUUUUGGCCUCUUCAUAAACCCAUUAGAACAUCGUGGUCAUACCCCCUUCCCAGUGAGCUCUCUCAUAUGAGCCAACAUGUCAAACAACCCUUUACACUCGACGCGACUUGGGCCAGACACUCCAGUUAUUAGAGGCGAAUCCAAGCGCGCGAUAAGAGAACGAACGCCCGUGCGACAACAUGAUGAUCAAUUGAGCGGGAGACUGAGUUCUGCUGUCUCGUUAUCUAGACUCAGGCUCAAGGACGAAUUCCACUACAAGGAACUGCAAGACCAAGAAUUUCGCUUAAUCCGGCUAGCCUCCUCGACUUCGUCAGGCAUCGAGUGCGAACUAUUUCAUGCGCCUUUGAGUCAACCGCCAAGCUACGUUGCCGUGUCGUACGUUUGGGGUGACCUUGAUGAUACUGUCUGGAUCAGGUUGAAUGGGUGUGCAUUCAGAAUCACAUCUAACCUGCAUGCUGCCCUCAAGACUCUGCUCAAGCGACCCGGAAAUGCCGUUCUAUGGGCCGACGCCAUAUGUAUAAACCAAAGAGAUAGGACAGAGCAGUCGCAGCAGGUCAAGCUGAUGCCUAAGAUCUACAGCAGUGCGCAAGAGGUCGCCAUAUGGCUGGGCACGGAAUCAGACGAUAGCAAACGAGCCCUAGACCUCCUGAAGACAAUUACCACAGUAGCCGUUGCAAGUGCCGGAGACCACACUGUGAUUGACACAGUGAUAAAAUCGAAGGAGUGUCAACCUCACUUCACGGCACUCGUGACGCUUUUUGAAAGAGACUACUGGAGUCGCCUGUGGGUAGUGCAGGAGGUUUUGAAUGCGAAACGGGUUGAAGUAUACUGUGGAGAGUCCCAACUCCCUUGGACAGUCUUCCAAAGAGCCUGCCAAAUCUUCCAAAAGCACGAAAGUGCCCUUAAGGCUCAGUUCCCCGGCGGCCUGGUGCCGGGUUCCAGACAGGGCUUUUCUUACGCACAUAUUCUGAGCUCACAAGGGCCGGCAAGCCUCGAUUUUCUACGGCGCGUGAGAAACGUCGGGCCAGAAUCUCUCCUUGAAGUAUUGCAUAUAUGUAGGAAGAAGCUUACAGCCGAUCCCCGCGACAAAGUCUUCGCCGUCCUAGGUAUUCUGCCGGAACACAUUCGCCGUAGAUUCCCUCUUGAUUACAACGCAUCUAUCAAAGAGGUGUACACUAAUGUUGUCGCUUUCUUACUUAAUCAGACGCGGCGGGUUGAUGUUAUCUGCGAGAAUAUCUAUUUCCCCAUCCACAUCAGCAAUAUCAAACUGCCAAGCUGGGUGCCUGACUGGUCUAACUCGACCCAAGUCGCAGCGCUGGGUUUGACAUACGGCUUCUCGGCAUCACGGGACACUAACGCCAACUUUCGAUUCGUGGAUGAUCCGAAGCGAACUAGGUUAGACCUUUUGUGUAUGCGCCUCGAUACGAUCAACUCUCGGGGAGUGGCGGUUGGAACUUUCUGUGGGCUGGACGACCUCUUGCUAGCGUUCUUGCAUUGGCGAGCCAGAUCUCUGCAGAUGUCUGUAGCAACCGACAAACAUUACAAGACACAGGAGUUACGAGACGAGGCAUUCUGUCGUACUUUGAAUUUUGGUCAACCCUCCGAGUGGAAUACACCGAGUCGGUGGAUGCAAGUGUGCUACCAUGUAUUUGCUUGCCUGCUGGGCGACCGGCUGCCCCAGAUACCACUGGACGACGAACUUCAACAACAUGCCAAUUUAGACCUGGGAAUCGCGCCAGAGAGGCGAAGAGGUAUCAUUAUGGAUAAUUGUGCUUCUGCUAUGAUGGGUCGCUGCUUCUUCACGACACAUGGUGGUCUGGUUGGAAUGGCGUCGGGGGUUAUCGAGACAGGAGAUGUGGUCUGUGUGCCAUUUGGCUGCAGUACUCCUGUCGUAUUGCGCCCAGAGGGUGGAAGCAGAAAACACAAAUUUAUUAGCGACGCUUAUGUCGAUGGGUUCAUGUAUGGCAAAGCUCUCGAGUUAUACCAGACGGACCUUGAAAUGGCCACGAUCUACACGUUGAUUUGAGAGGUUUACAGUUGACGUGCGCCUUACAUAGUAUGGUUCGGUUCUUAGAAGUACUAGAUAUCGACAUUCCUCGUCAUUACCAUAAUACGGAGAAGAGGUACUUUACUAUGAAAACCAACUCCGUUGACGAGCCGCAUAGGAAUAGGAUGAGACCCCCCUUGCGGCUACCUCAAUUAUCACUCCUCGUUCUGCCCUGGACCCGGCGAAGGAAUCACUGCUAAGCCACCAAGCCACGCAUCACCUACAAGCUUAUCGACCGUCGGGCGCUCUCUCGGCGAUGGAAUCAAGCAGCUCUCGAUAAACUUGAUGCAACCAUCAGACGUGCCAUGAGAGCGCAGUAGCUCCUUAGACAGUGGCCUUCUCAAUAUCACGAAGUGCGACAAGUCUUGGCUCUCUUCGAAGGCGGCUUCGCCGGUCUGCAUCCGAUACA